AUGCAUCGCCCAGUAGCCCAAGGGGCUGCAACCUGCGCCCUCCUGGCGCUCCUGCUGCCCCACGCCCUGCUGCUCUCGCCGUGCCUCGCCGCUGAUCUGGAAGGCUUCGGCGAGGAGGAGGGUCUCUGUGGCGAUGCAUCCGAUGCGCACCGGAGUGGCAAUCCCGCCGAGGUGGCCGCAUCGAUGCCCGAGUCCACGGCCGAGUCAUCGCCGGGCUUGGACGGGGAGAGGGUUGAGUGGGAUGAGGAUGAGUUCGAGGGGGUCGGGGACGAUUGGGCGCACCGCCAGGGGAGGGAUCGCCGGCGGGGGGCCGAAGGAGACGGCGAUAGCGGGGAAGGGGACAAGGGCAAGGACGCCGACAGCUACCACUUCGAGAUUGCAGCUGUGGUGGCGCUGCUAGUGUACGGCGUGAACGUGUGGAUCGGCACGACGGCCAACGAGGCGAUCGCGCUGGCGUGGGCCAAGACGGCCACUGCGGACGGGGGGGUGCUGGAUGAGAACUUCACCCUGCUGGGGCCGGGGGACUCCAUCCGGGGCGAGCAGCUCGUGCGGGAGCACGAGUCGCUGUUCAAGCUGUACGGGGGCGGGCGCCGGCACUGCGACGGCUUCCUGGCGACCCUGGACCUGAGGGCGAGGGAGGACCUGCUCAGCAUGGCGUCCUACCUGCUGCUGAGAAGGGACGACCACCUGAACGUGGAGGUGUACAUGAGCGAGGGGUGCAUGCCGCCGACGGUGCUGGCGGUGGGGGCGCCCAAGGUGGUGCGCGAGCUGGCGCGCGACUGCGAGGACCUGCGGACGUACGCCAAGGCGGUCGGUGUGCGGCAGGUGGCGGACUGGGCCACGGACAGGUGGGCUGUGGUGGCGGAGUCCAGCGAGGUGUUUUACGACCUGAUCGGCGAGAGGUUCGUGGAGCUGGUGUUCGGCGAGUCGGCGUACGAGUCAACCGGUCGCAGCCUCCGCUACCUGCAUUUCACGUCCGAGAUGGACGGCAGUUCGCACAAGAACGUGCUGCGGUUCUCCUUCGUCUUGCCGCCCUUGAAACAGAUGGGCGAAAUUUCCAACCUGCUGGAGCUGGUGCCCAUGUUCGUGGAUGCGGUGGGGGGGUAUCGGAUGAGCCCGGAAGGCCGGCGCCGCGCGGACAGGCGGAGGGCGGACGAGGCCGAGCGUAGGCUGCGCGAGGGAGACCAGGCGCGUCGGGACGCGAUCACGAAGAAGCGGAGGGAGGCGGACACGGAGCGGCUGAAGCGGCUGUCGCCCAAGGAGGCCCAGAAGUGGGUGUCGCGGCAGGCCAAGGUGCACACGCGGCGGUGGGUCAAGCAGAGGGCGGUCCGAGCGUGA